ACGUCAGAACUUGAGCGUUUGGCGACCGAACCGGUCACUGUUCUAUCCAGUCACGUGACUGCUGCAUUGUACGCACAUCGGAAAUAAAGUACUUUCGUAUUCUUUUGAACUGUUCAAAAUGUUUAAUUAAUUUGAGCAGAUUGUGCGGAUUAUUCUAUUUCGAGGGGAUUAUAAAAUCGGUGGUAGUGUGAAAUUUUCAACGAUACGGGAUAUCGUUAGCUGCAGACAUUUUUGAUUCAUAAAGGAAAUUAAUCCUCAACUAUGUGGAGUCUUCUUCCUGUCACGUGUUACCUGGCCCUAAUCCACACUGUCACCUCCAGAACUGAGCCCCUGGACUUCACCAAGCCCGAUCGUCACAACGAAAUGCUCAUUCCCUCCGGAAGCCUGGGCCAACCGAAGGAUCUCAUGGCUUUAAAACUUUUCCCCCAACGAUUACAGGAAAUUGAUUCUGGUGACACGAAUGAUACACCAAACUUGAAUAAAUUUGCGAGAUAUAAUCCACCGGUACUGAGUGGAGAGGAGAGUCUACCGUUCAGUGAAUUCGAUGGCGCUGUUUUCGAUCAAUUAGCAGACACAGUACCAGAGGAUUUUGAGGAAAUUAAGUUCAAUCGACUGUCCACUUACCUGGCUUCACUGCUGCUCCAGCCAUCCUGGAACUCACCGUUGAUCAUACUGGAGGAUCCUGAAACUCCCGAUGACUUCCAGGACGAUCGCCCGGACCUUCGUUCCAUGCUGAAACGCUCUCGAUACAAUAGUCGUUACCCCUGGAAACGGCAGAACGGCAGUUGCUUACUUUCCCGUGCUUAUAGAUCGCGAAACACCUACGACUACGAUGCUACCCAUCUAUGCACACCUUCACGCAAUGAUGUUUACCGACUCCUGGUGGCACUGCACGAUGUACGUCAGGGAAAUAAAUUCCGUACAGUUCAAUACUGCAAUCGUCAUAGACCUGUCAACACUGUUUUCACUAAUAUUCGUUUUCUUGGGCGUCGAAAGUAGUUCAGUACCGAAGCCAAAUUACUCUAAGUUGAUCUAUAACAGCUCAAUGAGAAACUUACGAAGAUUGGAAACGAGGUGAGAAUCGUGGGUGUAAUUAUCAACUCAUGUGAUAAAAGGGGGACUGAUGCGCUUUGAACGGUUGUCUGAGUUGAGAGCAAAUGUCAUCGAUUUUUCCGGGUUAAUUCCCUCAACAAGAGAAAUCAGUUCCAUUGGAUUCAGUUGAAGGAAUAGUUUACUAACAGAGAAAAGAUACGAUCUCAGUAAAUAACCUUCUGCUUCUGAAUAUACUACCACUGAGAGUCAAAUUAUAAUGAAAGAUUCUUCAAGUUUAAGCCCAUCUUUGAAUUAUCCCAUCUUCACCGAGGAUUAUCACCUAAUGCAGCAGUAUUUUCCAUGAAUCGCGCAAUAUUUGAAUAAACUAUUCCCAAAAGUGUAACAUUGUCCAGUAAAACCACUCUACCUCUUUGCUACUGAAACAUCUCUAUUUUUUUUACUUUGCACCCACGAUUCGAUACUCGCAAUUUUGUAGAAGACAUUUGCGUGGAACUCCGAAGUAAUGGCGCGCUACAUUUACCUCAUCAAUGAAAGAUUAAAUGAUUCAGAUUAUCCCGAAAGGUGCACAUCACAAAUAGAAUCGUAGACUUCAUUCAGCAGAAAAUCUGACAACAAUGAUCAGUAAUUUUACUGACAGAAGUUUGCGUUUCUGCGCAUAAAGAUCAUUCUCUCGAGCUUACCCUUCACCUCUAUUCAGUUGGUCUUUUUUAUUUAGGUUGACGCUCAUUUAGGAAUGACAAAAUGAACAUCAUACAGUUUUUCUAGUCAGGACAAUCAAGGCAACACUGUAUUCAUUGUUAGUCGAACUAAAACAUCAUGUGUUUAAUGGAUAUAAAGUUUAACGGAAAAAUUCUGCUAAUCGAUGUUGCCCAUUGUAGCAAUUUAGUAUGACGGGUAUAGACAAUGUGUAUUGAACGGCCUCUCCAGAACGAUAAUUGAAUAUUGAUGAACAAUACCCGCAUAAGUAUUACAAAGUGUCAAAGAAUUUUAAUUCAAAUUGUCAAUAAACUAAUU